UGGUAUGUUUCAGAUUUACUCAAAGUACCGCCAGCACCAAAUAACGGCACGGAGGGUCACCUUUAUUCAGUGCUUAGAAAUCCACCGUCAAAGGUUCCUGAAUUGAGUUCACGGCUCACUUCUUCGCAGUGUACCUCACCUUUGAAGAUUGCCAACUGCAACGAAUAUUGUCAGGUGAAAGAGUUGCCCGUUCCGUCAAAGAAUCCAUGUGUUAGCUAUGUCGAAGGCAUAAGUGAGUCGAAGGACUGCAACGAGAAUUUGGGCCAAAAUGUUACAAAUUUAUCUUUAUUCAUCAACAAAGCACAAUACAACACCAUAAGUGACGCGUUUGCAAAGGUUCGAUCGCGGUUUGCGAAUGGUUUGAUGAUUUUUCCAACUGCAGGGACGUGGGGUUAUCUGGUUGAUGCAAUUGCUGGUUACGUGCAAAAGUACGGUAAAAUCAUGGUGUUUUCGGGACCAGUGUACGACAGCAAUUAUGAUGGACAUCGUGAUUCGGAUGAAAUGAUACUAUCAUCUUCACCUACACACAUUUUCGUCAUUUUGUUCCGUUGUGCAUCGCCUCAUCAACAGAUUUCACCUGAAUUGUGCCACAAUGUAACGUUCAUUCCAUUUGUUCUCCCGAUCGUCGACGAAGACUUCAACUGCCUUAGUCACAGAGAUUAUCUCUACGAGAAUACGGCACGAAUUCUUGACAUUGAGCUGCUGACGGGCCUUCAGUUUUUCACCAACAGAGAGUUGUGGUCACCUGAAGACGCGAUUUUACUGAGGACGAGGGUAACCAGAGGCGUGUGUCUGUUGGAUCGAUGUUCAAUUGAAGAUCUGGUUGAAUUACAAACAAUAGAUGCGGAAAAUCACUUCUGCGAUGAUGAUGCAAUAAUGGAGCCGUAUUAUCAAAAAAGAGUUUACGAUCCUGCAAAUGCUAAUUUGCCUUUACAAGACCAGUCCGAGAAAUCCGGUCCGGGCGCUCCUAAUUGGCGGACCUUGUGGCACGAUAAGGGACCUUUCUUCUUAAUCAGGAAGACAAAGAUUAACCUAGAAGAUUCCACUCCGAAAACGAAGGUGAUCAAGUCACAAAUGGCUGGCCAUUCAUUUGUGACGUUCUUUAUACCGUUAUAUCUGAUAGUCCAUUUAUUACAUGCGACGGAUGCACACCCAGUAGAUGAUGCACAAUCCUGCAAUCUCAACGAAUGUACGAGAAACCGUAACCUUUUCAGCUUCAAAACACCACCUUUGGUCAUAAUGAGCAUGGAUGGAUUCCGUGCCAGUUAUUUAGAUCAGAAAUUAACACCUACUCUCCAACGACUCAUGCGCUGUGGUGUUCACAGCAAGUACAUGAUACCGUCUUUCCCAUCAAAAACAUUCCCGAAUCAUUACGCAAUUGCUACGGGACUGUAUCCAGGGUGGAAUGGUAUUGUAGAUAAUGGUUUCUAUGACGCGAAUCAUCCUCAGAAGAAUUUCAAAAAAUCCUCAACGGCCGAUGGAUGGUUUCUAGGUGAACCGAUAUGGAAUACUGUGCAAAAGCAUGGCAUGAAAUCAGCCAUCUUCUUUUGGCCAGGAAGCGAAGCAGCAAGCAACGGUACGAAAGCAACUGUCCUUAUUGUCGUGAAAGUUCUGGAAUGGCUAAAUAAACCAGAUGAUCAAAGGCCAUCGCUCAUUCAAUUCUAUAUCGAACAACCUGACCAUGCGGGACAUGAGGCUGGGCCUACUUCAGAGUUGGUCAAAAAAGGAAUGAAAAUUGCCGAUGACGCUCUGAAGUACUUCGUCGAAAAACUCGUUGAAGAAAAACUCAUGGGAUGCAUCAACUUGAUCAUCGUUUCUGAUCAUGGUAUGCAGACUAUCGAACCAUCGCGCGCCGUAAUCAUGGACAAAAUUCUGCCGCAACCAUUCACUCAGGCGCUUUUUACCGGCGCUCUGGCUCAUAUAACAAUGUUGAACAACGAUACAACUGUUGACAAACUAAUCGCUGCGAUGAAGUGUAAAAAAGGUGAAAGUUACUUAACGUACAGAACAAUGCUCACACCGGCCCGAUAUCACUACAGUGGUUCCAAGCGUAUUGGUGAUGUAGUUAUGAUCGGUAGACCAGGAGUAUUGAUAUUCAAGGAUCAGAAGGAUGCAAACAAAAAAGCAAAGCAAUUCGGUAAUCAUGGAUUCGAUAAUCGCCUCGAAAGUAUGAGAGCAAUCUUUGUCGCCAUCGGUCCGAGCAUUGCCGAGGCGAAGACCAUUCCCGAAUUCCAGAAUGUCCAACUCUACAACCUAUUCGCCGGCGAUUUUGUUUCAGAUUUGCUAAAGAUACCACCUGCACCCAACAACGGCACACAGGGUCAUCUAUAUUCAGUCCUCAGAAACCCACCAUCAAAAGUUCCUGAAGUAGAUUCAACGAUGACCACAUCCAAGUGUGUCUCAAAACUGAAAAUCGAAAUGUGUAACAAGGCGUGUCAGAAAGAUUCGAAAGAACAGCAUAUUCCUUGCAAGGAAUCAAAACAAACAAUUCCAUUCGUCGUCACUAACGGUCAAGAGUGCAUUGUACCAUUAUCUGACGCUGUCAUUCACUACAAUAAAAGGCUUCACAUAGCACAACUGGUUGAGACGAUGAUUACAAAAGAAAAAUGGGCGAAGAACACUCAGUUUGGGUUGGAUGCGUUAGUCAUAUUGAAGGUAUACCGAAAUCGGCUGCGUGCAAUGAAAACCCGCCCAGUGAUGUGUCGACAGUAUCUCUGUUCAUCGGAAGAGGUCGUUAUUUUGGGAAGCAUGAUCAUUACUCCUUAUGGAUAUAACACCCUGGACACUGCGUUCGUCAAGGUUACCUCUCAGUUCGUAAAAGGAACAUGGCAGUAUCUGGUGGACAAGAUUAAUGGUUACGUGCAGAAAUACCGCGAAAUGAUGAUGUAUUCAGGACCGAUUUAUGACAGCGAUGGUGAUGCACAUCGCGAUUCAGAUGAAAUGAUAUUGUCAUCUAAACCAACACACAUUUUCGUUAUUUUGUUCCGUUGCGCAUCACCUGGUGAACAGAUUUCACCGAAAUUAUGCCACAAUGUAACGUUCAUUCCAUUCGUUCUUCCCGUUGUCAACGAAGACUUUAACUGUCUUAAGCCCGAUGAAUAUCUCUAUGAAAACACGGCUCGAAUUCUCGACAUCGAGUUGUUGACGGGUCUCAAAUUCUUCACCGAUAAAAAACUCUGGUCACCUGAGGAAGCAAUUCUGCUGAGAACCAGAGUGACGAGAGACAUGUGGUAA